AUGGACCUCGACGAGCCACAGUUGGAUCCGGUAGUCGGUCAAAAACGACGCCGAUUAGCCAAUGAAAGACCGUCGCAUUUUACCACCAAAGCGAACGAGGCAACACUCGCUGUUGGAGCUAUCGAAGCUGCCCAUGGCCCGAGCGCCAAAACAGCAGCCAAUUCUUCCCUGUCGAAUAUCGCGAAGCAGAAACCAGCAGCAACAAAUAAUUCAACCAGAGAAGGCCAUCACCAACUGCUACCUUUUUCACCCAACUCUCCGACUUCGAGGACCGACGCGCCCGCGGCUCGCAAGGACACACUUGGACAACCCAAUAUCGGCGCACUUGAACAAAAAUUCAAGAUGUUUGGACGAUCGGCUGGUGGCUUGAGCAUCAACACUGGUGCCGCCAAUGCAGGACCCGUGGAAGCUAAUAACGAUGCGAAUUCUUCUAGCACCACCAGUAAUGCCACAACUUCCGCACCUAGCGGUGGCGGAGGACUCUUUGGAGCCUCGACGACGGCGACGACGACACAGCCUGCUACGGGCGGUCUUUUCGGCGGCACUUCGACGGCAGGAGGAGGACUCUUUGGCAACAAGCCUUCAACACCACAACAACCAGCCACCGGUGGCCUUUUUGGAGCGGCACCAGCACAGCAACCCCAGCAGCAGCAAAGUAGCGGCGGUCUCUUUGGAGGCGCCCAAACCCAGCAGCCUGCACAGCAGACUGGAGGAGGAUUGUUUGGAGGGGCUGCGACACAGCAACAACAGCCUCAGCAGCAGCAGAGUGGAGGGCUUUUUGGUGCAACCCCCGCGAAGCCGGCGACGGGCGGUCUCUUUGGUGCGAGCACAGCGCAGCCCCAGCACCAGCAACAGUCAACAGGAGGAGGUCUCUUUGGCGGCGGCAAUAAUGCACAGCAAACCCAGCAGAACCAAGGCACGGGUGGUGGUCUCUUCGGACAGAGCCAGGCUCAGAAUCAGCCGAAGCCCGGCGGUCUGUUCGGCCAAACUCAGCCCGCAGGUAGCUCUGCUCCCGGCUUAACUAUGGGUCAGUCGACGACGCAACAAAGCGUCCCAGGCGUGCGAGUAGACAUGUCAAAUAUCAAGGGCACGACGCGAUUCAACGACCUCGAACAAUCGAUCCAGUCCGAAAUGGAGAACUGCGACCUCAUGAUCCAGCGCUUCAUGGCGCACGCAUCCGAAAUCCGAGGCUUCAUGGCCGCCCACGGCGGUGAUCUCGCGCAACUUACCAACGACGUCAACUGGCUCCAGCGCAAGUACGAGGGAGUCAAGACAACGCUGGACGAGGAUAUCGUCACUCUGGGACACCUCAAGGACUUGGUCAAGUCAGACGCGGACAUUGCCAAGAUGGCGUUCGCGGGCGCUGAUCAGCUCAAGCUUCCAGCACACUACCACCAGACCUGGCUCACCCGCGGCGGAUCGGGUGGCAAUACGACCAACGGCAACCAAGACCGCAACCUCGAGGACGUUCUCACCCUCUUCUCCAACGAGGCCGACCGGCUGAAGGAACUCAGCCAGUUCCAGGUCCAGAAGAUUAAGGAGAUGGAGCAGCACAUGCCCGGCGUUGAGCACGGUCUCUACGAGCGUGUGCGAUCGCUGCGGGACCAGACCCAGGUGCCGGCCUUUAACAUGGUUCUCGACCUGUUGGAGACGAUCAAGAUGAUGGGUGACAAGAUUUACGAGGCCGCGGGUAGUAUUGUGGACGUACGGGAAAAGCUCACUCAGCUCCAGCGCCAAUACCCCACCAAAUAA